CUGAUCCAGGAAGCCCUCCUGACCGAAGAAGCGGUUGUUAUCGACGAAUCAAUCAUCACCGAAGAACCUGCCGCGACCGACGAACCCGCCGUUCCGGCGCCUGAGAAAACAGUGCAGCCGGCACCAGAAAGCGCGGCCACCUCCAGGGUAGACCACAGCUACACUGCCAGCGACAUACAGGUGCUUGAAGGACUGGAGGCAGUCCGGGUCCGGCCCAGCAUGUACAUCGGCAGCACCGACCAGCGCGGCCUGCACCACCUGAUCUACGAAAUACUAGAUAACGCCGUGGACGAGGCAAUGGCAGGUUACUGCACCCGCAUCGACCUGAACCUGGGGGGGAACGGCGUAAUCUCAGUGGCCGACGACGGCCGGGGCAUCCCGCUGGACAUCCACUCCACCACCGGCAAGUCAGGGCUGGAGACCGUGAUGACCACCCUUCACGCCGGGGGCAAGUUCGGCGGCGGCGCCUACAAGGUCACCGGCGGCCUCCACGGCGUGGGCGGGUCAGUGGUCAACGGCCUCUCAGCCCACCUGAAAGCCGAGGUCCGGCGGGACGGUUUUACCCAUUACCAGGAAUACGCCCAGGGCAUCCCCUCCAGUGAACUCACCCGGGCCGGGCGCACCACCCGCCACGGCACCACCAUAUCCUUCCGGCCCGACCCGGCGAUAUUCCCGGAAAUCGACUACAACUUCGAUACGCUGGUCGCCCACUUCAAGGAGAUCGCCUACCUGAACAAGGGGCUCGAAAUUCGCUUCGUGAGCCCCUGGCACCAGACCAGCCGCCAGGGUGACAUAGAACGGACCUAUUUCUUCGACAGCGGCAUCGCCAACCUGGUCCGCAACGUCAACAAGAACCGACGCGCCCUGCAGGAGACCCCCUUCUACUACGAAAAGACGGUGGACGACGUUUCGGUGGAGGUCGCCAUCCAAUACAACGACACCUUUACCGAGUCGGUCAUAUCCUUCGCCAACUGCAUCAACACCCAGGAGGGCGGCAGCCACCUGACCGGCUUCCGUUCGGCCCUGACCCGGGUGAUCAACGACCACAUCCGAAAGAACAAGAUAAUCAAGGAGGAGCAGCCCAACCUGGCCGGCGAGGACGUGCGGGAGGGCCUGGCCGCGGUAAUCAGCGUCAAGCUGGGCAACCCCCAGUUCGAGGGGCAGACCAAGACCAAGCUCGGCAACGCCGAGGUACGGGGCGUCGUCGACGGGGUGGUCAGCGAGGGCCUCAGCCGAUACCUGGAGGAUCACGCCACCGAAAGCAAGCAGAUCGUCGACAAGUGCCUGACCUCCCAGCGGGCCCGGGAAGCCGCCCGGAAGGCCCGGGACCUGGUCAUACGCAAGAACGCGCUUGAAGGAACGUCCCUUCCCGGCAAGCUGGCCGACUGCAGCGAACGGGACCCGGCCAAAUCGGAGAUAUACAUCGUGGAAGGGGAGUCCGCCGGCGGCUCCGCCAAGAUGGGCCGGGACCGCAGGUUCCAGGCCAUCCUGCCCCUCAAGGGCAAGAUCCUCAACGUGGAACGGGUGCUCCAGCAGCCGGACAAGAUCAUCGGCCACGAGGAAAUCCGCUCGAUCAUCGCGGCGCUGGGCGCCGGAGAGGGCAACGAGUUCAACCCGCCCAAGGUGCGCUACCACAAGGUCAUCAUCAUGACCGACGCCGACGUGGACGGCUCCCACAUCCGCACCCUGCUGCUCACCUUCUUCUUCCGCCGGAUGCAGGGCCUGAUCGACGGCGAUUACCUCUACAUCGCCCCAACCCCCCCUCUACCGAAUACAGCGAUGAUGCCCUCGCUGGAGGGACAGCGCGGGGUGGCGCUGCAGCGCUACAAGGGGCUGGGCGAGAUGAACCCGGACCAACUCUGGGAAACCACCAUGGACCCGGAGACCCGCCAGAUGCUCCAGGUAAAGAUCGAGGACCUGAUCGAGGUCGACGACGCCAUAACAAUGCUGAUGGGGGAAACAGUGGGGCCCAGGAAGAGCUUUAUCCAGUCCCACGCCCGCAGCGUCCGGAACCUGGACAUCUAG